AUGGAAAAUAACACUGCUGACUGCGCUUUCUUCAAAGACAGUCAAUACAGACGUGUACAGAUGUUUAGCGCAAAUUAUGCGGUCAUGAUUUUAAAUUGUAUACUAUGCUUCACGGCCACGCUGCAAAACGUGCCGGUUAUAAUGGCAAUAAUCCGAACACCAUCUCUUCACAACCCAUCAAAUGUUCUCCUUUGCUCCCUAGCUAUUACCGAUCUGGCCGUCGGCGUUGUGGUUCAUCCAAUAUUUGUGGCUUUUAAAGCUCGACUUCUCCAAGGUGACUUUGUAUGCCCUUUAUUGUUCGCUAAAGAAGGAUUGGUCAUAUAUACGGCGAUUGUUUCGAUGCUUACUCUAUUAGCCAUCAGUCUAGAGCGUUUAAUCGCCUUAUAUGUUCAUUUACGAUAUAAAGAACUUGUCACCAUCCCACGAGUAAUAGCGAUUGCCAUAGCAAUGUGGUUCUUAUGGGGCUUGAUUGUAUGUGCCUGGCCACUGGGGCUUAUAGACAUCUACAUAUUAUCCCUCGUUGGCAUCAUAAUAAUAGUAGUAGUUGGUGUUGCAUUAACUGUGGCCUGUGCGAUAAUUUUCCGUAUUUUGCGAAGGCACCAGGCUGUGAUAAUGGAUCAAAGCAAGUUGCAGGCCGCAAAAACGUUUUCACGCAGUAGAAAGUCUGCGGCUGUCAUACUGCAGGUCGUGAUUCUGUUUUUCGUGUUCUACGCU